AUGGGUCGUUCUCGCCGGAAGUACAAGAAGUCGAAGGCAAAGGUGAGAGUGGGAUUGCCGAAGAAGAACCCUAAUGUCUUCAAGCCAGCUUUCAAUAUGCCCCCAAAGCUUCGGUCCCUUCUCGGCGAUUCAUCCGAAUGGGACGCUAAGGGUAGUGUUCUCCGCAACUACAGGUCUUUCGGUGUCGUCUCUAACCCUAAUCUGCUCGGUGUUCGAUCUCGGACUUCGCACAUCGUCGAAAGCGAUUCUCUGCAAGUACUUCCUCCCGCUGAGACCACCCCAGCUCCUGCCCCUGAGUUCGACACCAUCGAUUCUGAUAGCGAUUUCGAAGAAGAUGAUUUGAAAUCUGCACUAGGGAAAAAACGAAGAGAUGGGAAAACUGCACCUUUGCAACCUUUGACUUCCAUACAACGUGUUCAUGUCCGUCAACUAAUUGAAAAAUAUGGAGAUGACUUCCAGAGUAUGUUCAUGGACACAAAAUUAAAUGCAAUGCAGCAUUCAGUUGCAACUUUGGAGAAACUGUGCAGAAGGUAUUACAUCAAUCAGGAUAAGAACCCCUUGAUUUUGUCCCAUUGAUCUUGGUUAGCUUGUAUUGUUAAAUGGUUUCAGAAAUUUUAAGGUUGUCUUAUGUCUCUUGUGCACUUAUGUAUGUUAUGGAUUAUUAGAUAAAUUAUGCUUCCAAAUUCAAGCCAGGUUUAUCAAGGAUUUGCCACGGUCCCAGGUUGAACAUACAAAGUAUACUGUUGACUUUAGGUUCUUUGAUUACAUAAUUUUAUUCAAUUGUACUUUUGAGGCAAUCUUUAGGUGAUUAUUUAACAUUAUUAAUAUUUGGUAGAAGUUUUCCUAAACUGCACAUUCCACUCUGUAAUCUAUGGGCUUCAUACCCAUUUAAUAUUAUGAGUAGUAUAAGUGGU